AGGAAAUGGAGGAAGUAGAGGGAAAGUACAGUACUAGUACAGUAUGGGGGCAGGAUUAGUGGCAGAGUGCACACCAUCGGAAUCCUAGAGAGAACGGUGGGUGCUCAUGGUGUCAGCAGGGACACGAGAGCCACAUAACUAGCUCAUGAUUAGAUUCUGACAGUCUCCACUUCAGUGACUAUUAUAAUAGCUAGCUACCGCAGGCCCAUGACGCGAGAGCGCCAAGAUCUUGCUCUUUGCAUUGAGAAACCAUCUUGUAGUUAUGGUCUUGUUAGGACAGAAAUUCACUUUCGAAGCUUCCUGGAUGGAACAUGUGCAGAUAAUGCCGAGUUCUGGACUGAGAUGAAGAAGCUUGCCAGAGAAAACAGCACCACACAGUCACUGCUCCUCUCGUUGUCCAAGCCAACACCGUGUGACCAACACCUGAAGGAGUUCAUCAUGGAGCUCAUUGCCAACUCUACAACACUCGAAGAAAUUAUCUUUUUGUGGUCUGAAGGCAGUUUUGUUAAGGAUUUGUGCGGUAUUAUUGAUGCUGCUCAGGCCAACAAGAAUGUGAAUGUUAGACGCAUGGAGCUCCCUAGCUUUGUCUUUGACUCUAUACAACUCCGACAUGCUUCCUUUCUAUCAAGGCUGAAUGAGCUGGACCUUAAUUGCACUCGCGAAAUGCCGGAGUCUGCUUGUCUUGUCUUCGAGGAGGCAUUCCUUGAUCAAAAUAGUAUGCUGCAAAAGUUGAAAGUCAGUGUUUCCAAUGGAGUCAGUCGUGAUAUUGGAGGCGCUAGGUUCGAAGAGGCUUUGAUUAAAUGUUUGCCUAUGAUGAAAGAUUUGUGUCAUUUGGACAUCACGACUAAUUCUUCAGCACUUCAUGACGCCAGUCUCAAGAAGGGUCCUUCCUUAGAUAUACUGAGUUUGGACAUACGACAACAUGCGAAAACUAUGUUGGAUGCUGGAGCAGGCCUCCCCAGAAAAGAGCUCAACAUUCGCUGGUCCCCUUCAGGUUUUGCUGUUCUUACGGGGUGUGUCCCAAACCAAUCGAAACAAACCAUCCAAAAGAUCCAUGUCCUAUAUGUGAAUGGCAGUUGCCUACAAUCAUUUGCCAAUCUCAGAUCACUGAAAGAAUUGAGUGUGUUUGCCAUUGAUGGUGCUGUUGACGUCGCGGAGAUUAGGGGUCUUUUGGAAGGGCUUCUCCAAGCAAAUGAUUCCAUUACAUCCUUCCCAGAUCUCGAAGCUGGUCUGAUUGAAUCAUUGAUUCCUUGGGGCCAGAAAGAAACAGCUUUGCACUUGUUGCGACUCAAUCAACUGGCAGAAAAGUGUGGGGCUACAAAAUCUUUGCCAUCCGCAUUGAUGCCACUGGUGUUUUCCAGGCUUGGUGGAGAAGGGGGUCAGCCAGGCAAACCAUCAUUGAUAUAUGCAAUCCUGAGAGAUCGUGCAGAGAUGUUCAGUUUCAAACGUAGCGCAGAUCCUUCCACAAAGGAUUGACAUAAUAUGCAACGCCUAAAAGGAUAAGGUCUGCCGUGCUGCAUUCUCUAGAAGGCUGGGGAAGUCCCCAACUCUUGUUUACGCCGUACGUGUACUUUUUCAUGCUUUCGAAUCAAGACCGUCCCGAACUGAUCCGCGUGCUCGCGAUACCGGUAGUCUAGUAGUACUAGUAAUAACGAGACUCGAGGUUCACAUUUCAAAACAUUGCACUUUCGGAAGAUACACUACAAUCAGACUUGUGAAGGCCGAAUGGUAAUCCAUCUAUGGCAGGAAAGGCCAAGGGAAAACCAUCUGAUUCCGUUGGUGAUAUACCAGUACCGGUAUGUAAACCUCACGAAGAUACAAGGUAAAUUUCAUAC